AUGGAGAAAGAAGUAGAUUCUGUGACCUUGCCCUUGAAUCGUUUGAAGAGCCAUUGGGAUGAGCUCUUAACGUAUUUUCCUUUACCUGCUUGCUCAUGUGUGGUAAAACAACAUAUUCUUUCCUUUUAUGACCAACAACAAUUUACACAAUUCUUAAUUGGAAUCCAUGACUCAUAUAGUGCUGUGAGAAGUCAUAUUCUCCUAAUGGAUCCAUUGCCUAGUGUGACAAAAGCUUAUUCUCUUGUGUUACAAGAAGAAACUCAGAGAGGUCUUCAAGCCUUGCUACCCACUCCAAUAGAAGUUGCAGCCUUAGUUGCAACACAUAAUUUUACUAAUGUAUCUCUUCCUCACCACUCUUUAUUUUGUAGUCACUGUAAGAGAGAGGGGCACACAAAGGCUACUUGUUUUAAGCUUAAUGGCUACCCAGCAAAUUACAAAGGGUGCAACAAAUCAAAUAAUCAUCAUGCGCUUGACAUGUGUGUUCUUCUGGUUCUUUUGAUGAUGCUUUGUCAUAGAGCCACUGCUCAAUCAGGCUGCACCAGUGCGUUAGUAGGCUUAGCCCCAUGCCUAAGUUAUGUCACAGGAAAUUCCUCAACCCCAUCAUCUUCCUGCUGCUCCCAGCUUGCUUCUGUUGUUCAAUCUCAGCCGCAGUGUCUCUGCGCAAUGCUUAAUGGUGGUGGGUCAUCACUGGGCAUUACCAUUAACCAAACCCAAGCUCUGUCACUCCCUGAAGCUUGCAAUGUGCAAACACCACCAGUUAGCCAGUGCAAUGCCAAUAAUAGUCCCGCAAUUCCACCGAUAGGUUCUCCAGUGAGUCCUCCAUCAGAUUCUUCGGAUGAUACUCCAAAAACUCCAAAUACAUCAUCACUGCCAAGCAUUCCCGCAGGAAGUGGUUCUAAGACAGUUCCAACAGCAGGUGGCACUUCAGCUGCAAGCCUGGCAAGAAUGCAACUUCACCUCACCAUAUUUAUCAUUUUCAUUGCUUCAUGCAUUUCAAAUGGCAAUAGAUUCUAA